AUGGCAGAGUAUGGUGAUUCUGUUUUUUUCGAUGUUGAACACAUACUAAAUGAAGAACAGAUGGCAGAGUUGUGGUUUGAAGAAGAAGAAGAAAUGCAGGAUGCAGGCUUUUGGGGGUAUGAAUCAGAAGAUGACAACAUGGAUGGUAGCCAAGACAAAGAACAACAACAGUCACACAGUGAAGGUGAGGUUGAUUCCUCACAAAUGCAACAACAACCACAACAAAUGCCACAACAACCACCACAAAUGCAACAACAACCCCAACAAAUGCAACAACAAAUUGUAUGCAGGAAGCAACUGCCAAUGCAAAAGAAAAGGCAAAUUGUAGAUGCAAUAUUGGUGAAAAUGAACAAUGGCAUAUUACCUAGGGGUCACUUGAAGCAGUUAUCAACUCAAUUCAACGUACACAAAUCAACAAUAACAAGAAUAUUCACAGAUAUAAAGAAACAGCUGGCUGAAGGGGACUUGAUUGAUACUGAAAGGAGCUAUGCAGGAGCAUUGAAGAUCAGUCAUAGCACAGUUCACAAUUUGAAGAGGAGAGGAAGGCUAAGAACACACACAGCCUGCAACAAGCCAACACUGUCAUCAGACCAUAAGGUGGCCAGACUUAGAUGGAUUUUGUCACACAUAAAUCCAUUUACAGGAAAUCAGGAUCCCACAUUUGUUGACAUGAGGAAUGUCAUACACUGUGAUGAGAAGUGGUUCUACUUGAACCCUGAUAAAAGGAGGUUUUAUCUACUGCCAAGUGAGGAGGAUCCUUACAUGGCAGUUCAGUCAAGAUGA